AUGUUGCCCUAUCUAGUCUCUACAGAUGUUAUUUUGGUGAAAGACAAGGGUACGAAGACAUCGUGUGCUCGUGAUUUUUCGGCUGUCUUACAAAAACUUGUUCUUUCUAUGAGUGACGAAAUUCGUUUCGAGAUAAUUGCAGAGAUUCUUCAUAAGCUGCCACAAUUACGUACAUUCUGGUAUAUUGCAUUCAUUUGUGACAAUUAUGAUGGAAAAGAAUAUCAAGAUGGUCAAGUAUGGGAACAAUUAAUUCGUACAUAUUUGCCAAACUUAAUUGACUUUCGUUUACAUGUAGGUCUUGAAAGAGAAAGGGGCGUAGGGCCUUCUAAUAUCAUUCAAUCAUUUUGUACUUCUUUUUGGAUUGAAAAAAAAAAGUGGUGGUUUGUUGCUGAUCAACCUGAUAAUAAUGCUGAUACGAUAGAACUUUACAGUUUACCUCCGCCAGUUAACUGUAAAAUUAUUUUCCGUACUAACGUACAGUGGGCUUCAAAUUCAUCAAAUCCAAAUUUUAAAAGUGUAAGAACACUCGGUCUAUUGCCUACAUCAAAUCGAUCAAUGAGUUCGGUACCCAACACACGUUAUUUUCCUAACGUAACAACAAUUCGUUCAGCAAGUAGCUAUGGCUUUGAUUUCUUCUUCGAUAUUUCGAUCCUUUCUGCUUGUAUCGAUUUAACAAAGAUUAAGAAUUGCGUCAUCGUAAAUCGAGAUCUUAUCAAAGCUCUGCCUGCCAUGACCAAUCUCACUACGAUGGAAAUACGACACGUCAGUGCAGAUAUUGAAGAUUUCAAGAAAAAUUAUUCAUCAAUACCUACACUCAAGAAAUUGAGCCUCGGUACUUAUUCUUCUGAUUAUGGUUGUGAUCAGAAUGAUUUAACAAUAAUUACAUCUCUCUUUUCCAAUCUCGAACAUAUCCAGUUGAGCAUCGGCGAACUUGAAAGUCUGAAUAUUUUAUUCGCUAAAUUAUCGCAUUUGAUUUAUGCAACAAUCUAUUAUAAGAUUGAAGUCAUUAAUAGACAACAUUUAGAACAAUGGUUAAAUGAUCACGAAGCAAUAAUAAAAUUUACUUGGUCUAUAGACGACGAUCGAUUAGAUAUAUGGAUGGACUAA